UGAAAUGUAGUUCUACUUCCUCCCUCCAAAUGGGCGUGGCUUUGACUGAACAGCAGAGGGGAGGUGGUCGUUAACGUAGGAGACGUACCGGAAAAAUCUGACAAAAUGGCUUCAUCAAGCGCAACAAAAUCCUUGGAGAAGGAUGACGACACAGAUAAACAGCCUCUGGGUAGAAGAAGAAACUCCAAAGGUGAAGGUCCAAACAUGUCCAUGACCAGGAUUGUGCUGGUGGGGAAGACAGGUGCUGGAAAAAGCUCUUCAGGAAACACCAUUCUGGGGAGGAAGGCUUUCAGAGAUGCCAAAUCUAGCAAAUCUGUGACACAAGAGUGUUCCAAGGAGACAGGAGAUGUGGCAGGGAGGCAGAUAAUGCUAGUGGACACCCCUGGAAUAUUUGACACUAACCGUCCUGACAGUGACUUGGAGACAGAGAUCAGUAAAUGUAUCAACAUGACGUCACCUGGUCCCCACGCCAUCGUAUUGGUCUUAGAUGUGGGCCCUUUCACAGAAGAGGAACAGAACGCGGUAAAGAAAAUCAGGGCGCUGUUUGGAGAAGAAGCUGAAAAGUAUACCAUGAUCCUCUUCACCCAUGGAGAUGAGUUGGAUGAUGGCGGCAUUGAGCUGUAUGUCAAUGAAGCUCAGGAAGAUCUCAAGACACUUAUGGACCAGUGCGGUGGAAGGUACCAUGUUUUUGACAACACAAAGAUGGAAAACAGGGGACAAGUUCUGGAUUUCCUGGAGAAAAUUGACCACAUGGUGAAAUUAAAUGGCCAAGACCACUACACCAACAAAAUGUACGAGGAGGUGGAGAGAAAGAUUUGUCACAAGAAGGAAGAGUUGAGGAAGCAGUAUGAAGAAGAACUGCGGAAGCUAACAAAGGACCAAGAAAGCAACUGCCUCCGAAUACCAGGGAAAAGUAAAGCGCUACGGGAAGAAAUUGAGGCGCUAAAGGAGUCACUGCAAGACAAAGAAAAAAACUUAAAGACUUGAAAUCUCUGGAGCAAAACAAGAUCCCGUGGAUCGUUGAACAUAUACUUUUAUGAGAUGAAGUUGAGGGCUGUGAGAGAGGAAGCAGAACAAAUACAAC